UGGUGGCCACAUGCUUGUCAGCAGUGCAGUUGUGAACUACAUUAUUGAAAUCUGUCUGCAGUCACCCAAGAACCCUCAGAAUGAAGGACACACCGCUGUCUAACUGCGAGCGGGAUUUCUUGCUCAAAGCGAUCGAAGAGAAAAAGCGUCUGGAUGGACGACAGACCUACGACUACAGAAAGAUGAAGAUCACAUUUGGGACUGACUAUGGAUGCUGCUUUGUGGAUCUGGGAAAAACCAGGGUCAUGGCCCAGGUGUCAUCUGAGCUGGUGACUCCUAAAGAAAAUCGACCAAACGAGGGAAUCAUGUUCUUCAACAUCGAGCUGUCACCCAUGGCCUCACCAGCAUUUGAACAAGGCAGACAGUCUGAGUUGUCAGUGAAGUUAAACAGACAGCUGGAGAGAUGCUUGAGGAACUCCAAGUGCAUUGAUACUGAGUCCCUGUGUGUGGUGUCUGGAGAAAAGGUGUGGCAGAUCAGAGUGGAUGUUCACAUGUUGAAUCAUGAUGGGAACCUGAUGGAUGCUGCCAGCAUCGCUGCCAUCACCGCUCUGUGCCACUUCAGACGUCCUGAUGUCGGCAUCCAGGGAGAUGAAGUCACAGUGUACAGUCCAGAGGAGAGAGACCCUAUUCCUCUGAGCAUCUACCACAUGCCCAUCAGUGUCAGCUUCUCCUUCUUCCAACAAGGAACCUACCUGCUGGUCGACCCCUGUGAACGGGAGGAGCGGGUGAUGGACGGCUUGCUGAUGAUCGCCAUGAACAAACACAGAGAAAUCUGCUCCAUUCAGUCCAGCGGGGGCAUCAUGUUGCUUAAAGAGCAGGUUAUGAGAUGCAGUAAAAUAGCCAGCGUUAAAGUGUCUGAAAUCACAGAGCUCCUCAGCAAAGCCCUGGAGAACGACAAGAAAGCAAGGAAGGAGGGUGGUAGGUGUGGUUUUGCGGAGUCCAUGCCACAGGAGCGAAUCACAGCACUGAAAAUAGACGAGACCUCAGUGGAGAUGACGGAUGUGACGGAAAGAGCCAAAGACAUCGUCCAGAAAGCCGAGGCUCCACCUCAGAUGGUGCGUUCCCCUGUGGUGCCCGUCCCAGGUGUGGGUCAGGUAGGGCAGGGACUGCAGAACACCUGGGGACUGGAGGAGGAGGAGGAGGAGGAGGAGGAGGAGGAAGAGGAAGCAGAAGAAUGUGACAACAGUGAUGAAGAACAGGAGGAAAAGGUUACAAAGAUGGAAGAGGAACAGCAUGAAAAGGAAGCGAGCAGAGGAGAUGUGGUUGAGAUAUCUGACAGUGAAGAGGAGGAUGUGGUCAUACUUCAUCCAGAGACACCAGACAAAACUCCGAAGUGGGUGCACCCGUUUUUCUAUGCACAGCAACUGAGAAGGUAUGCAUGUAUGUUUUUUUUUUUUUUGUUUUUUUUUAAAUUUACAUCCUUUUUCUUGCUCCUAGAAAUACAGAAAGCAGGUCCCACCAGAAGGGGGCAGCAGCAUCAAAGAAAAGACAGAAAAAAAUGAAAGACUGAUCCCAUGGAGCUUCCUGCAGCCAGAGAUCUGCAUAUCUGCAGCAGUGCCAGACACUGCAGCACCUCCUCAUAACAAAGACCCCCAUUCUGGCUAAAAUGACCCCAAAAUGCCAUGGGUGAGGAUUGGGAUCAAAUACGGAACAGAAACACUUCCAAGUGUUGGUUUUUUACACUUAGAACAUGGAGUUUACUUCUUGUUUGUAGCCAUUUGAACCGAUUUAGAAACAGACUGCGCCUACAAAUGAAUAGAAAAGGAUUUUUAACAAUGAAAGGAUUUUGGUAGUAGUAUUAAAUAAAGUAUCUUCAACCACUCUUGGAGGUUAAGCAGACUUUUACAUUUCAGUUAUGUUUGCAAAGUGCUUUAUUUUGUGAGGAAAAUGGGAUCCGUGAUAUUGUAUAUCAAAAUAAAAA